AUGGACGACGACGAACUACUGUUGUUUAAAACCCCAUUAUCACAUAUACUAUUCUUAGAUGGCGAGAAAAGUGAAUGGGUGAAUUCCAUUUUUCAAGAGAGAGAAGAGCAUGGCGAGUUUCACACGUUAUUUCCAAGGCUUCUGGAGCAAGAAAAUAAAUGUUUCGAAUACUUCAGAAUGCAAGUUGACACGUUCUGGUACAUACUAGAUGAAAUUAGGCCGUACAUAGAAAAACAAAGUAAUUUUAGAAAAUGUAUUUCUCCGGAAGAACGACUAUCGGUAACAUUAAGAUUUCUAUCUACGGGGAUGGGUUUUAGAUCUUUGGCUUUUUCCUAUCGGAUUGCACACAACACUAUUGCAGGAAUAAUUUAUGAGACCUGUGAUGCCAGGGAGUGUUUCAGUGAGAAACAUAUGCCUUUUCCUACAGCAGAAUUGCUUGAAAAGAGUGCAAAGAACUAUGAGCAGUUAUGGCACUUCCCAAACUGUGUUGCCUGUAUCGAUGGCAAACAUGUGCGCAUUAAAUGCCCGAAAAAAACUGGCUCGAAACACUUCAAUUAUAACGGAUUCUUCUCUGUGGUCCUUCAAGCAAUGGUUGAUGCGCAAUAUAAAUUUCUAAUUGUGGAUGUGGGAGCCUAUGGUAGGCAAGGUGACAGUAGUGUGUUUUCAGAACCUAAUCUGUUCCAACAGAUAGAAACAGGAUCUUUUCCUUUCCCACAACCAAGACAGAUAACCGGAACUACCAUGACGCUACCUUACGUCAUACUUGGUGACCAAGGAUAUCCUCUAAAAGAGUAUUUAAUGCGCUCUUAUCCAACAGGACAGGAGGAGCUUCCCCGUGAAAUUGAAAUUUAUAACUAUAGGCUUAGUCGAGCCAGACGAACUGUAGAAUGUGUAUUUGGCAUACUUGUUUCAAAAUGGAGAUGCUUAAAGACAGAGUUACAAGUUGAACCUCAUCAUGUUGACAAAUUGGUCAUGACUAUUUACUUAUUGCACAACAUUGGCAUAGCUAUAGAGGGAAUCAAUGAAGGUACAUUGCAAAAAAUCAACUCAGCCAAUACUGCAAAAAUUGCAAGAUCGACAAGCAGGGGACCAAGAUGCUUCAAUAGAGCAGGAAGAGAUGCUUACUGCAUUCGCGACCAAUUUAAAACAUAUUUAAACACAGUAGGGGCGACAGAUUUCCAGGACAAUGAAACAGGCGCAUAUGUUCACUAA